UCGAGCUUGACCGCAAAACACGAGACUCACUCCGAUACUAAUCCUAUCUUCUUAAUUAAAUAAAGAAUCUUUCGAACGAUCUACGCCGAACCUGUCGAAAGAAUGACGCGCGGAGUAAAAUACUCGGAGCGCUCGGAGUGAUAACCGGAAUGACUUCAAGUGUACAACGGAGUACGCAAUUGUAUUAAUGUAUAUAUUAACCACAUUAAUUCAACGUUAAUUCAAUUAUCUUGAACAACAGAAAUACCGUUCUCUCUUCUUUCAUCAUACGAUAUAUUCAACAUGGCCACCAAGCACGAAAUCCUCUCCGAAAUCGACACCAACUUCCCUGAAUACCUGACCUUCCUUCAGACUUUUAUUCGCGCCGCGAGUCCCAGUCCACCGGGAGAUACUACUGAAGCCGCCUCAAUCGUAUUCGACUUCUUGUCUAGCCAUGGAAUCUCCGCCGAGACAAUCGCGCCGCAGCCGCAUAUGCCAAAUAUUGUGACCGACUUCGAUGGUGGAGACAGAUCUGGACCACGAGUAGUCCUCAAUGGCCACAUUGAUACGUACCCUGUGGGGAAUCCCGAUGAGUGGAAGCAUGGUGGACCAUACUCGGGCUAUAAUGAUGGAUUGCAAAUACAUGGCCGGGGCGGAGUAGAUAUGAAGGCCGGGACCGCUGCAUCUACCAUCGCGUACAUAUUGCUUAAAAAGAGGGCCCAAAAGUUGAAAGGAAGUGUAGCUUUGACAGUUGCUUCGGAUGAAGAGACGGGUGGAAAAUGGGGGACACGAUACCUCCUCGAACAAGGCGGCAAAGCGUCCCCAUGGAGAGGGGACUGUGUGAUAAACGGAGAGCCUGGGGGCCUCCAGUCAAUCCGCUUUGGAGAGAAAGGAACGUUAAGACUAACAUUCACAAUCCGGACGAAAGGAGCGAACGGAGCCUAUACACAGCUAAGUCGGGGUGCUAACAUCAUAGCUGCCCAGUUGAUACAAAGACUGCUGGAAAUUGAGAGCAUGACGCCACAUCUAUCUGAAGAAUUGCGAAAACACUUCGACAGCUCGGAAGUCCGCCUUGUUGCCAACGAGAUCAUGGGCCCUGGUACGGCUGAAAUACUACUUGCUCCUACGAUCAACAUAGGCACGAUACGUGGUGGCUUCAAGGUCAAUGUCAUCCCCGAAGAAUGUGUAUUUGAAGCGGACGUUCGGCUUCCAAUCGGUCUGCUCGCAGAGGAGGUCAUGGAUCAUGUAUAUUCCAUAUUGAAAGACUUUCCGGAAGCGUCUGUGUCCAAGCAGGAAGCACCUAGCAAUCCCGCCAACUAUUGUAGUAUCGACCACCCUUUCGCCAAGCACAUUGCCGAUACUACGGAGCACAUCACAGGUCGUCGACCCGUACAGCUUGCUGGGCUUGGUGGGACUGACUGCAAGUUCUACCGCUAUCUUGGUAUCCCUGCCUAUGUAAUCGGACCAUCACCUCGGUCUAUGGGCGCAAGUGGAGAAGCGGUUGAUAUUGCAGAGUUUAAGGCUUUGAUCAAGAUUCAUACGCUCGCGAUUUGGGAUUAUCUUGGUAGUAACGCCUGAGACUUCACACACGUAUACAAGCGUGUGUCUCAGAGCGUCGGUGAUAUCCAACGAGUUUCAC